GUGUUUCUCUUCUCUUCUUGUAUUCUACAUAUAUAAACUUCACCAUUCUCUUCUCUCUUCACAAAACUACUCCAACUCCAGAGUGUUAAGAAGAUCUCAAUUUUCUUGGCAUUUCCAGGUUCAAUCGAAAGGAAGGCAUAAUGGGAAACAGGAGUUUAGAGCUGGGUCUGUUCCUGGUUCUAGUUACAUUGUUGUGGGCAGGGGCUAGAGCUCAGUCAAGUUGUACGAAUGUGUUGAUCAGCUUGUCGCCUUGCCUCGAUUACAUAACAGGGAACUCUUCAACCCCUUCUUCUCAAUGCUGCACACAGCUUGCUAGUGUUGUCGGAUCAUCGCCUCAGUGCUUGUGUGAGGUUCUUAACGGUGGUGGCUCGUCUCUGGGGAUUGAUAUCAACCAGACUCAGGCUCUAGCUUUGCCCAAUGCCUGCAAUGUUAAGACUCCAUCUAUCAGCAGUUGUAAUGCUGCUUCUCCAGCCCACGCUCCAUCAGGAUCUCCCAGCACAGUUCCGGGUACAGGAACUGGAUCUGGAACUGUACCAUCAACAGGAGUAAGACCCUCAACAGAUGGAAAUACGAUCAAGUUGCCAUUCUCUCUGCUUGCCUUCAUGCUCUUUGCAGCAUCAUAUAAUUCAAUCUUCAUGAUAUACUGAUUCCAAUUCCUCAACAACCAGCAUGCUUUAGUGAUUACUACUUACCAUUGCAGUCUUUGUUAUUAUAGAGUUUCCUUUCGGUUGAGGUUGUAUGCCAUAAUUAUCUCACAGCCCUCUUCAGGGUUGGGGUGGUUUUGUAUUACCAAACAGAUUACUAGCUCUCUUCCCCUCUCAAUAAAAAGCAUUAUAUGGCUUCAAUGAA